AUCAGGUGUGUCAAGUGGGGUCAGGCUGGAAUACACAACUGGAGAAACAGGAAGAAGAAAUUUGUGGGAGCAAGUGCACAGGAAGAAAGCAGGGCUGCUACGAAAGGACACAUAAAAGAGGACUUGGAGACUAUGUGAAGAAUUUGUUAGAAAUGGACUGGAGUUCCAUGAGCCUCAAAGCAGCAAGAAGAGAACAGAGCCGCAGGCUCCCUACAGUGAGACGUCAAGGAGAGGGAUGCAAGAUCAACACACCAGAGAACCAAGUUUCCAGCAAAAGCACAGUCUCUCCGUACGUGUCCACAGACCAGGGGCAUAACAAGAUUGAUGCUCAGCCAAGAGGUGGACUUUUCAUGAGGAACACUGUUCAGGAGCACAGCGCGUUUCGAUUUGCAGUGCAGUUAUACAACACGAACCAAAACACCACAGAAAAGCCCUUCCAUUUGAACUAUCAUGUAGAUCACUUGGACUCUUCCAACAGUUUUUCAGUGACAAAUGCUUUCUGUUCACAGUUUUCCAGAGGCGUUUAUGCCAUCUUUGGAUUCUAUGACCAGAUGUCAAUGAACACACUAACGUCAUUCUGUGGAGCCCUUCACACUUCCUUCGUCACACCCAGCUUCCCAACAGAUGCAGACGUGCAGUUUGUCAUCCAGAUGCGGCCAGCAUUAAAAGGAGCCAUCUUGAGUCUCUUGACCCAUUAUAAGUGGGAAAAGUUUGUGUACCUCUAUGACACUGAACGGGGAUUUUCCAUUCUCCAGGCAAUUAUGGAAGCAGCAGUUCAGAACAACUGGCAAGUGACAGCCAGAUCUGUAGGAAGCAUAAAGGAUGUUCAAGAAUUCAGAAGAAUUAUAGAGGAGAUGGACAGGCGACAAGAAAAAAGAUACUUAAUUGACUGUGAAGUAGACAGAAUAAACACCAUUUUGGAACAGGUUGUAAUCCUUGGCAAACAUUCUCGAGGUUAUCACUACAUGUUAGCUAACCUGGGUUUCACAGACAUUGUGCUGGAGAGAGUAAUGCACGGAGGUGCCAAUGUUACUGGAUUUCAAAUAGUUAAUAAUGAAAACCCAAUGGUUCAACAGUUUCUACAACGCUGGGUGAGGCUUGAUGAAAGGGAAUUCCCAGAAGCCAAAAACUCACCAUUAAAGUAUACAUCUGCACUGACCCACGAUGCAGUCCUAGUCAUAGCAGAGGCUUUCCGUUACCUGCGAAGGCAGCGUGUUGAUGUCUCCAGGAGAGGUAGUGCUGGAGACUGCCUGGCUAACCCUGCAGUACCGUGGAGCCAAGGAAUUGAUAUAGAAAGAGCGCUGAAAAUGGUGCAGGUUCAAGGAAUGACAGGGAACAUCCAGUUCGACACCUAUGGGCGGAGAACAAAUUACACAAUUGAUGUGUAUGAAAUGAAGGCUGCUGGAUCAAGGAAGUCUGGUUAUUGGAAUGAAUAUGAAAGAUUUGUGCCAGCAUUAGAUCAGCUGCCCUCUAAUGACACUUCAUCCGUGGAGAACAGAACUAUAGUAGUCACUACUAUCUUGGAAUCACCAUAUGUAAUGUAUAAGAAAAACCAUGAACAACUAGAAGGGAAUGAGAGAUAUGAAGGAUAUUGUGUAGACUUAGCUUCUGAAAUAGCAAAACAUGUUGGAAUAAAAUACAAACUGUCAAUUGUUGGAGAUGGGAAAUACGGAGCUAGGGACCCUGAGACUAAGAUAUGGAAUGGCAUGGUGGGUGAACUGGUCUAUGGGAGAGCAGAUAUAGCUGUUGCCCCCCUCACUAUAACAUUGGUGCGAGAAGAAGUCAUAGACUUUUCCAAGCCCUUUAUGAGCCUGGGAAUCUCCAUCAUGAUCAAGAAGCCUCAGAAAUCUAAACCGGGUGUAUUCUCUUUCCUGGAUCCUUUGGCUUAUGAAAUUUGGAUGUGUAUAGUCUUUGCUUACAUUGGCGUCAGCGUAGUUCUUUUCCUAGUCAGCAGAUUCAGCCCUUAUGAAUGGCACUUGGAAGACAGCACUGAAGAGCCACGUGACCCUCAGAAUCCUCCUGACCCUCCAAAUGAGUUUGGAAUAUUUAAUAGCCUUUGGUUUUCCCUGGGUGCCUUUAUGCAGCAAGGAUGCGAUAUUUCUCCAAGAUCUCUCUCAGGGCGAAUUGUCGGAGGAGUCUGGUGGUUCUUCACUCUCAUCAUUAUCUCUUCCUACACUGCUAAUCUUGCUGCCUUCCUUACGGUGGAAAGGAUGGUGUCUCCCAUAGAGAGCGCAGAGGAUCUGGCUAAACAAACGGAGAUAGCCUAUGGAACUUUGGAUUCAGGCUCAACCAAAGAAUUCUUUAGAUGUGGAUACCUAUCUACAUGGAACUGGACCGAUACCAGCCCCUCAUUUCACAUGAACAGAUGGUAAUGACUUCUAGCCGCUUCACAACUGGUCAGAUUCCAGCUAGUGACCUAUUUUGUAGUGUUGGCUGUUUCCCUAAAUGUCACAGUGUCUCCCAGAUAGAUGCUAACCCAGCAAUGUAGAUUAAAGCUAGAUACAACAUUGCUGUUUCGAGCAUGCAUGAUGAACACUUGUCAGUGUGACGUUGCUCUUACAGUUAAAACAUUAGAGCAUAUUUUUUGUAACAUUUUCACAGCAGGCUCUGUUCACUCUCCUCAGUGGUUGGUGACUCUCUGCAUCAGGGUAUUUGUCCGCCCAGUAUAUAUAAGAAACAAAUGAGCCUUCCUAUGUUUUUAUGUUUGUUGCUCAUUUCUGCUCAGAAACAUUUUAUGUUUUGCACUAAUUAGCUUAUAAAAGCAUUUAAAUGGCAAUCAAUACAUUACACCAAUUCCCUUUUGGCUUUCAAAGGGCAUUCAUCCAUACUGAAAAUGAGAAGAACCUCUUCUUAGAUAUUUACUUGCAUAAAGUCUCAGAUUAAAGGCUCAAAAAUAACUUUCUUUUUCUUGAAAACCAACGAAGGACUGUACUAGAAAGCAGUUACAAAUAGCAACAUUGCUCCUUUAAGGACAUAUCUUUUAAAAUUAAUAUUUUCUAAUACAUUCAAUUAAAGCUUCAGCAUAUAUGAGCAGCUCAUCAAAUCAAUAUAACAUCAUUUAAUCCAAAUUCAGCACUGAGCCUAAGUUUAAUACCACAGUCUAAUAGGUUUCUGACCUCCAGGAUGCAUUUAUUCAAAAGGCGUGAACUUUACAACUAAUUAAUAAUUCUUAUGUAAACUUAGCUGUAUUUAAAUUUCUGUAGAAGAACAUGUUUCUAGACAUUUAGAAAUAGAAAUUGCUCUUCAGUUUAUUGUGGUUUCUUUUAUAUAACACAUUCUAUAACGUGCUAACAUUCUAUAACAGAUAUCUGUAUUAAGAGGCUUUUGAAAGGUUUCUUUAAAAUAACUCAUAUGGUAGAUGUUUGGUCAUUAGUAAACAGCUGACCAACCAGUACACUUCACUGAAAACCUGAAAUUUCAGAAGGUAUCCUUGAAUUUUAUGUAAUAUGACAGGAUGAAAUAUUGAGAUAGGUGACAUUUAGCAAGAUCUUCCAUUAGGUCUUUUUCUUUUUUUGUGGGAAACUGAAGCAUCUCAUAUCAUACCAUUGCCAAUGUAGUUAAUUACUGUUAACUAAAACUCAGAGAAAAAAAAAAGGAGGCCUCAAAGGACUGAUAUUUUAUUGUACAACUUUGUAUUUUC